CUCAAUAUUUCUAGGCUUUUCUGUGGCAAAACUUCCCGCUGCUUAGUAGACACGCCUAUCGGUCCGGUCUGUUUCCUACGUGGCACAACCCCGGGGUGGCGCCAACCGCCGGGCUAUAAAGAUCGGACGUUGGCCCCUUCCGGCAAACGCGACGGCGGCUUGGAGCGCGCUCGACCUCGGAAAGGUCCAGAGAGAUGAAAUAAGUAGCCCCCAAAUCACGCUGCUGCUAAGUGACAGAGCUGGGAUUUGAACCCAGGAAAUCUGCAUCUUCCUCCCUGAGCUCUGCUGCGUCUCUCCAUCUGUGUUUCAGCCUGUGGGUCCUUCAGGACUGAUUUGGUGGAAGGCGCCAGCAGGUAGUGACGACUCACCUUCCAGUCAUCACCCAGCGUUUCAGCUGCUGGAUCAACAUGAAGACAGACGACUGCUCCCUGGUGGUAGAAUCACCUUACCCAGACUUGGUCAUCAACAUAGGAGCAGUGACUCUUGGUGAAGGAAACAGAAAUAAGCUGCAGAAAACUCAGAGAGAGCAAGAGAAGGCGAAAGUUACACAGGCUGCAUGUGCUUUGUUAAACUCAGGCGGAGGAGUGAUUCGGCUGGAAAUGGCAAACGAGGAUGAGCAUCCCGUGGAGCUGGGACUGGAUUUAGAACAGUCUUUGAGGGCGCUUAUUCAGUCUUCGGAUCUGCAUGCUUUCUUCGAGACUAAGCAACAAGGGAGGUGUUGUUACAUUUUCGUUAAAUCUUGGAGCAGUGACACUUUUCCUGAAGACAGUUCUGUUAAGCCCCGCAUUUGCAGCCUGGGUACUUCGUUAUACCGUAGAUCUGGCACCUCUGUGCUUCCCAUAGAUUCAAGAGAAGCAUUCACUUUCCUGAAAACCAAGAAAAGAGAUGCAGAAAAUAGUCCUAUUAAUGAAGGAUCUCCAUCUAGUGAAAUUCCCAAAGCUGGACAUCAGAUUCUUGAAUCCCGUCCUGCUCACCAGGUUUUCCAAAGAGACAGAUUUGAAUAUGGUGAAGUCUUGCCUUUUCCUGAGUCCCGGUUCACAGAGUUUAAACAAUUCUCUACAAAGCACAUCCAAGGAUAUUUAAAAAGCCUAAUUCCAGAGUACGUCCCUGCAUUUGCAAACAGUGGGGGAGGCUAUCUUUUUAUUGGAGUGGAUGAUAAGAGUAAGAAAGUUCUGGGCUGUGCUAAAGAAAAUGUUGACCGUGACUCUUUGGAAAGCCUAAUAGCAAAAGCAAUUUCCAAGUUGCCUGUUGUCCAUUUUUGCUCUUCCCAAACACCAGUGGGGUAUGAGACCAAAAUUAUAGAUGUGUUUCACAGGGAAAAGUUGUAUGGUUAUCUCUGUGUGAUCAGAGUGGAGCCAUUCUGCUGUCCGGUUUUCUCAAAAGCUCCCAGUUCAUGGAUGGUGAAGGACGAGCAUGUCUGUAGCCUGACGACUGAGGAGUGGGUAGACGUGAUGAUGGACACGGGUCCAGAGUUGACCGAAGCUUUUGAAUCUCAGCUAUCUCACAGGCCUCCAAGUUGCAGACCAGUAUAUUCUAAGAAAAGUCUGGAACAUAAAGUAGAUCUCCAACAACGUUUAUUUCCAGUGCCACCAGGACAUCUGCAAUAUACUCCUGAAUCCCUCUGGAAGGAGCUGUCCUCAGAGCAUGAAGGUCUGGAGGAAUUAAUCAAUGAGCAAAUGCGUCCUUUCUCGCAGGGAAUUUUGAUCUUCUCUAGAAGCUGGGCCGUGGACCUGAACUUGCAAGAGCAGCAGGGAGUCAUCUGUGAUGCUCUGCUGAUAGCACAGAACAGCUCCCCCAUUCUCUACAGCGUUCUCAGGGAGCAGGAUGUGGACGGGCAGUUCUACUGCACCCGCACUGCCUUCACUCUGAAGCAGAAGCUGGUGAACAUGGGGGGCUACACCGGGAAGCUGUGUGUCAUGACCAAGGUCUUCUGCCUGAGUCCUGAGAGCCAUGCAGAGCCCUUGUCCGGUUCCGGCUCUCCAGUUGAUUACCCCACAUCCUAUAACCUUGCAGACACCCAACAAAUGGAAGCCUUGCUGCAGUCCCUUGUGAUUGUUCUGCUGAGCUUCAGAUCUUUCUUGAGUGACCAGCUCGGUUGUGAGGUUUUAAACCUGCUCACAGCCCAACAGUAUGAGAUCUUCUCAAAAAACCUCCGCAAGAACAGAGAAUUGUUUGUCCAUGGCUUACCUGGCUCAGGGAAGACAAUCAUGGCCAUGAAGAUCAUGGAGAAGAUAAGGAAUACAUUUCACUGUGAAGCAAAUAAAAUUCUCUACGUUUGUGAGAACCAGCCUCUGAGGGACUUUAUCAGUAAUAAAAGGAUCUGCCAGGCAGUGACCCGGAAAACCUUCAUGAAAAAUAACUUCAAAGAGAUUCAACACAUCAUCAUCGAUGAAGCUCAGAAUUUCCGCACUGAAGAUGGGAAUUGGUAUGGGAAGGCAAAAACCAUAACUCAGAGAGAAAAGGAUCACCCAGGGAUUCUCUGGAUCUUUCUGGACUACUUUCAGACCAGCCACUUGGUUGACAAUGGCCUCCCCCAUUUCUCAGUCCAGUAUCCAAGAGAAGAGCUCACCAGAGUGGUCCGCAAUGCAGAUCCAAUAGCCAACUACCUACAAAAAGUAAUGCAGGUAAUCAUAAAGAACCCUCCAUUUAACAUCCCUCCUGGGUCCCUGGAGAUGCUCCAUGAAGCUCAGUGGGCUCAGGGUGUUCGAGGCAACUUGAAGAUUGUGGCGUGUUUGGACUUGGAGCAGAUGGUGGUCCAGGUAGCAGAGAAGUGCAGGUUUUUCUUGAGGAAUGGCUAUUCCCCGAAGGAUAUUGCUGUGCUUUUUAGCAAAGCAAGCGAAGUGGAAAAAUAUAAAGAUAAGUUCCUAAAAGAAAUGAAGAAGAAGAAAGUGUCUGAGAUCAAUGAUGCAUCCAUUUUGGCCAGUCACAUCCUGCUGGACAGCAUUCGUCGAUUUUCAGGCCUCGAAAGAAUCAUUGUGUUUGGGAUCAAUCCAAGGGUAGCUGAGCCAGCCAUUUUCAACAAUCUGCUGCUCUGUCUGGCUUCCAGGGCGCAGAAACAUCUGUAUAUUCUGACGCUUUCCAACUGAAAGGAAGACCUCAAUCUAGGAGGAAUUGAUAAAGUAUUCCUUCUGCCCCUGCCGUUUCAGAAGAAGAAUGACUAUUCUGCAUCAUAAAAGUAUUAUUUCUAACAAUGGAACCUUGUAAGAUGACUUGCUUCAGACCUGUUGCUAUAUUCUGUGAAAGGAACUUCUGAAAAGUUUAAGUCUGAUGGGUCCUAUUAAUUAACACUUUUCUUCUUUUGCCUUGCUAUUUAUAUUGACAUUCAAUGUUUUAAAACUUAGAAGUAGGUUUUCUUUGCUAAGCUAGAAGAGAAUUGUUGAUACUUCCUUCUUUGUCCACACUUGAACAGCAAUAAACCAUGACAGCACUACAUUUUUUUAUAAAGAA